AUGGAUCCCGUUCAGGAGCCCGCCGUCAUACCCUCGGGUCCAGUUCCUCCAGUUGCACCAGUGACUAUAGAAUCCGCGAACACACCCGGUCAACCAGAGGAAGUUCAACAGACCUCAAAUCUCGAAAUGGAUACUUCCGAAGACACCACACAGCCUCCUCAGGCACCAUCUACUGAGGAGACUCAGAACACCGAGCCCGCAACAGAAACCACAACGGAAAUUCCUCAACAGACCGAAGCUCCGGCAGCAGAGGCCGCAGAGGAGCCAAACCCAACAGAGGAGACCACUCAGCCCUCUGAAACCGAGCCCGCCGAACAACCCGAGUCUGCUCCGGCACCUCCGGAGGAGGAACCUGCCACUUGGGCAGGCGUUGAAGAGGACACGUCUUCCCCUGACGAAGAGGAAUUGAAAAAGAUCGAGUCCAGCGAUGGCGAUUACAGUGCUUUAGAAUAUGAUUACUGGGAGAAAUCCUUCUAUAACGAAGUCGAUGACCCCGAGUAUCGACCAGCAGAGAAAGCUCGUUUGACAUGGCAGAUCAAGGGUGUGCGAGGCACCAAGGAGAAGCCAAAUCGGGCUAAGGUCAUGCGUUCCCCGCCAGCGUACGUUGGAGGGUACUGGUGGACCAUCAAGUUCUUCCCGCGAGGAAAUGGAAGCCAGUCUCUGAGUAUAUACGUUGAAUGCUCCAAGAACAUGCCGACAGUGGACGAGAAAUUACCCGAGACUGAGUUCACCGUCCGGUCUGGUGCUCCGACGGACGACUUGAAAGAAAGCGAACCGACAAUGAGCAUCAAGAUUCCGGCCUUGGAAAACUCGCAGGAGUGGUAUGAAAACUACAAGAAAUGCUACAGCUACACCGGCGUCAAUUGCAGUCCCACAGACACAACCGAAGAAGGUUCGAAGAACGUCUGGAGGGUCUCGGCACAGAUUGGCGUGAUUAUGUACAACCCUAAUGAACCUCGGACAGGUUGGAUGCAAUCAUCCUGCCAUCAGUUUAACCCACACAAUCUUGACUGGGGUUGGACAUACUUCCACGGUCCCUGGGAUGAGAUUCACCGUCGACAGAAGGGCCAACGCCAGGCUUUGCUGCGGAAUGAUACCCUAGCCUUUGAUGCCUACAUCCGGGUGUUCGAUGAUCCAACGCUAUCUCUCUGGUGGCAUCCAAGUGACUCAGAACCAGUCUGGGACAGUCUGGCUGUGACCGGUUACCGUCCAAUUGGUGAUUCCGUCAUUAAUCAUAGCGCCGAAGUCGCUGGAUUAGCAGCAUGGGUCAAUCUUGCCCCUUUCAGAAAAAUCAUUCAGAGUGUGGAUGUUCAGGAACAUCGCCGCAACUGCAAUGUAAAGCCUCGACCAUUCUGUGAAGCUCUACAAGAAUUCUUGUGGCGCUUGCGUCAUCAGAACCCGGAGAAUCAGUGCGUGGAUACCGACAAGGUCACAUCGACACUGCGUAACCUGCACGAAUACUCAAGCGACGUGGUAGAAUUCUGGGAGAGGAUGCGCCGCACUUUAGAAAUAGAACUCGAAGGUACUGGUGCAGUUGAGGAGCUCGCUCAACUUUUCGAUAGCCCGCCUGUUGCAGUGAGCGAUCCGCAAGGAUCCAAUGUCACUCACACCUUGCCUACCCAGCUCAUCACAAGCGUUCGAAUACCAGUUGAUAAGGAGACAACUAUUCAAGGAGCUCUUAGUCGGCACUUCAAAGAGCAGUCUGGUCGGUGGUCCUUGCCUCCUGUUCUUCACGUUGAGCUCAGCCGCCAAUGCUUCGCCCAAUCAUCCCGUCAGUGGAAGCUCCUUUACAACCGCGUAGAUCUCGAUGAAGUGUUGGAUCUAGCGCCUUACGUUGCCCAUGGACAGUCUGGUGAAUAUGAUCUUUACGGGUUUGUCAUUCACCGUGGUCGUCGUACAUCUGGAAAGUUCUUCAGCAUUUUGCGACCAGGUGGUCCUGGUUCUAAAUGGGUCGCCUUUGAUGACGGCAGUCAUAACCGAGUUGAAUGUUUGACGCGCAAGGCUGCUUUGGAAUCGCAUGUUGGGCUCGAUGACAGCAAGCUCAAGGAUGCCAAUGACAAGACCGGCCAUGACUUUGCUGUUGCAGCUCUUUACGUUCGUCAUGACGUCGUUAACGAGUACCUCCCUGGAAAACUGGAGCCUUGGGACGUGGCUGAGCCACUUCGCACUUAUUUUCAGACAGAGUCAUACCAGACCGCUGGGGAUGCGGAAUCUGAGUCCAAGGCUGAGCAAACUAUCCAAGUUGAAGUCUACGGUCUUCCUACUAUCGAGGAGUCACUUCCAAGUAUCUUUGACACCUAUGACUUGAUGUCCCAGGCCAAGCGUACAAACAAUGUCAUGUAUCUGACUCUACCAAAGAGCACAUCUAUUGCUGAGCUUCGGAAGAAGAUCGCAUUCUCAAAAUCGAGUGACGUCGAACAGAUUCCUAGCCAUCGCGUGAAGCUCUGGACAGUUGGACAUGCCAAGAAGCAGCUUGGUGCUGGCCUGCUCUUUGAUCGUCAAGAUGAUCUGGCUGAAACAUUAGCCAAGGAAGACACAGUGGUGCGAUUCUGGACGUAUGUCUUAUCUGAGGAAGCUGCCAAAUCGUUUGCUGUUCCUGAGCCGACAGUUGUCAAGACUCUGGAAGAGAAACCUGAAGGAGCUGUGGAAGUCCGUGAUGCUCAAGACUCAGAUGAGGAGAGACCUUCCGCCGAAGGAUCCGGCAGCAGCGCGGCGGCUGUUCCUGAACAUCAAGAGUCUAUACAGAUAGAUGUUGCUACUCCAGCGGAGCCUGUUGUAAGUCAGCAAACCGAGAACUCUUCUGGUGCAGCUGACAACGCCACCGGUGAUGUGACUAUCUCUGGUGUUCCUAACACCGAGGAUCCCACAACCUCUACUGUAACUGAUGCAGAGCCGAUGGACGUCGACGCUACAGCAUUGCCAAACAUCGAGGUUCCUAAUGCUGAGCCCGUUCCUGCAGAUUCCGAGCAAUCUGCUCAGGGCGCAGCACAGGAUACAAUCAUGGAAGACUCGCCUUCAGACAGCCGAGAUACUGGUGUCGAGUCGACUGCCAACAGCUCUACUGAAUCUCCUACUGCGGUACCUGACACUGUUCCGACUGUGCCUCACGUUUAUUACUUUGUUCAGGUAUUUGACACAGAGAAGCAGUCAUUGAAGCCUGCUGGUGCUUUUAUUUCAGCGUUGAGUGACAAUGUUAAAUCCGAGAUUCGCAAGAACAUGGGCUGGGAGGAUAACAAGGACUUCCUCAUCUGGUCUCGAAUUGACAACACAUCUGUUGUCGCUGUUUCAUCGAGUGAUACAUUUUCCAUGUCGGUUGGCGAUGGACAUUGUUUUAUUGUGGGAGAUCGACUCAACAAAGAACAACGUGCAAAACUUGGUGCAUCUGGAUUGUUUACCAACCCUGAUCGCCUCGUUCAAUAUAUCUGGGCCUCGUCCCGCAGACACCCGACGCGAGCUUUCACCGGAACCAAAACCGUGGACGCUACAUUUAACGGUGACUACUACAGUGGCGAGUUCAGCAAAGGCUACUACCACGGUAAAGGCACCCAUAUCUCGGAUACCGGUACCGUGUAUAACGGAGAGUUCAUCUUCGGGCAACGCCAUGGCCGGGGUAAGAUGGAGUAUCCAUCUGGAGACACUUACGAAGGUGAUUGGGUUGAAGACCAGCGGCACGGCCAGGGUACAUUUAUUGAGAGCAAGACCGGCAACAAGUACGUUGGUGGCUACAAAGACGGCAAACGUCAUGGAAAGGGUAUAAGCUACUGGGAAGUGGCCGACGAGGAGAUGGAUCUUUGUCAAAUCUGCUAUGGCGAAGAGCAGGAUGCCCUUUUCUACGAUUGUGGACACGUUUGUGCAUGCGUUACCUGUGCUCGCGAGGUUGAGAUCUGCCCUAUCUGCCGCAAGAACGUGCUGAAGGUGGUAAAGAUCUACAAGAUGUAGAUAUAUAUAUAUUUUCUUUCUUUUCUAGUUGAUUAUGUUGAAAAUACCCAAGUUGCGUGGAGCCCUUGGAGGGUGUGGAGUUGAUUUUGGUUAAAGUUUGAAUUGUUUUGGAUGCUUGUGAAGAUUGGAUGAUUGAUAAUUUCUGUUUCUAGAUAUAGAGAGCCUUUAUCGGUUCUAGAUUGAAUAUAUACGUACAGAUUUAUAUAU